GGGUCUCCGGCGCAUACAUGGGAAAACAAGAGGCUCUACUGCAUUGAUUCAGCCGAUUUUGGUCCUUCCCUACCGGUUGCUUCCGGGGUCUCAGCCGUUUCCCAUGGACCAAUUCCUUCGUUGACCCGUCUUUCAUCACACAUCUCACCGCAUGCAUGUGUUGCUGAGUGAUUCUGACUCUGACAGCCAACACAUGCCCUGCACAGGCUGAAAGAGACGGUGUACAUACGAGCCGGCCGACGUAUGUACACCGACACGUAUCUACGCAUCUCGACUGGCUGAGCUGCAUGCGCACUCAGCUGCUGCUGCUCCAUCCGUUUAUCGCCACCUGAGUGGUGGAAAGGGACGCACACACAAAGGGACGGAGAUGGGUCUGCGCAGGUUCACUUGUAAGCAGCUACCUUGCUUUUGUGCGUCGUGUCCUCCUCUCCGAUGGGUCGGUCACUUGGGCAGCGCCCAUACCUCCUGCACAAAGAGACACACAUACAGGGGCCGAUUGUCGAGCUGACUGAGCGUACAAACAUGUGUGUUGGUGCAUUGAUUGAUUGCAUACCGCUUCGGUGGCGGUGAACUCCAUCUGGCGCGCCAGUGGGGCCUGGCGAUACUCAUUCUCCACCGCUCCCUGAUAGCCGAACGGCAGCCACCCCACCCACACAUACACACGACAGCUACUCAGAUCGGCGGCUGGGACGCCGGGGUCCUCACUAUAUCCCAAAGCCACACCCACUGUCCAGCUCACACCGAUCCACACUUUGCAGACUGCCCGUCCAUCCCUCACAUCCCCCUCCCGUCCCGCGACCGACACGCCCCCUCCCCACGGUAUGGCCAUCUUGGUCGGUGUCUCGACCCUUCCACUGAUGGCGUAGAAUGACACGACGCACGGGGUGAAUAUGAAGCUUGUGGGGUCUUGGGGCAGGGUGAGGGGGCCGUCGAUGAUCGAUGCGAUGAGGUGUUCGGGGCCAUCGCGGAUCAGCAGCAGCAGCCGGGACACGCCAUCGAUUUUGUCGAGGAAGGUCGAGUACUUGAAACCAUCACGCGACGACCUGAACGCACAUGCACAUUGCACAUAAGCACCAUCCACCCACCCGAUGUGUGCGGUGUGGUGUGUCCCUGUACUUACUUGUACACGAGCUUCAUAGAUUUGAUGUAGAUGUAGCGGCUCAGCCAGGCACGCAGCGCACCAUAGCUGCCGUAGUAAGACGACAAACGCAAAAACUGCACACACGCACACACACAGAUGGAUCACCGGAUGAAGUCGCGAAUGGUCUAGCUUUCAUCGAUUGUUGCUACCUGCUUCUUAGGUGUGCAGAUGUUGUGCGAGACGGCCAUAAGGUUCCUGACCUCAUUCUGCGACACACAGCGAGUGGGCAAAUAUUCAAUGCCGCCAAUGAUUGGGGGCGGCGUGGCCUACCGAUGUGAGAAUGAGGAUUUUGUUGUCCAUUGACUGGAGCGCCUGCUGCACGGAUUGGUUGUUGUCGUGUAGCUGGACCUGCACGCCCGUCGUCACUUCAUCCGCUACAUGCGCGCGCAGGUCCUGACACACACACAUCAACAGCAUGCAGUGCAUGACAAUCGAUCGAGGCAUGGAUGGCCGACCUCCAGCUGUUGGGCGUGUGCCUGUCUGGCAGCCCUCUCCCCCUGGAGCUCCAGCCGCAAAUCCUCCAUGGCAUCCAGAUACCGCCUCACGUGGCUGCGAUGCGCAUCCUCUUGUGUGCGAUCCGCCUCCUCCAUCUGAACACACACGGAGAUCACAUCCAUCCAUCCAGCCAGCCAGCCAGCACCUGCUUGAUCUUCUGCUCCAGCGCCCAGAGUUGUUGCUGCAUCCGUCCCUGCUCCCCGCAGUCGAACCACACCUCCUCUCCCUCCAUGUGCCGCUGGCUCUCAGCACUCGUGAACCACCCACCAAAGGCCACAAACUCGUCCACCCAGCCGAGCGUGUCAGCCCUCUGGGGCCGAUUCUGGCUCUGGCUGAGCUGCCGUGUAGGCCGUGUAGGACCCGGUGUCAUCACGAUUGCAUACUUGUGCAUCCGUUGGUCCAUUUGUUGCUCCUGCCGCAGGCACAAUUAGGCAACCACACAUUACGCCCACACCACGCAUUGCGUCCAGGUGCACCCGUGAUCGACAAAUGGGCCGACGGAUGCACGAGUAUGCACGAGCUGAAGAUGUGUUGUGCGGUGGGGGAGUGAGCGUACCUGUGCGGCUGAUGGGGCAUCGUCGUGGAUGAGGCGCACGGGGGGCAGCAGGAAGAAGAGCGGCAGCAGGAGGGUGACGAUGAGGAGGGGGAAAGUCAGCCCAGCGAUGCAGUAAAAGAUCUCUCCAGCAGCCACAACCGACACCACAAAAGAUGGUAAGGUUAUCAUCAU